AUGUCCCUGCCACUGUCGAGGAUAGAUUAUGCAGCUGUUGGUGUUACAUCUAGAGGAACCACCAGGGUUUUUCCUGCAAAAGAACACAAACAGACUCAAAAAUUCGCUGUUGCUGAUCACGAUGGCAUACUCCAUGUAUACGGUGUGAAGAAAGGAGAGCUGCAGGUAUCGUUCAAGUCCCUGCCAGGACAGAGAAUUAACAAACUAGUUCUCGGUGGGACUGGGCACGAUAAGAUUUACAUCGCACAAGGAAACACUGUGAAGGGAUAUACCAAAAAAGGAAAAUUGUUCUUAGAAUUCGAUACAAAUCUUAUAGAUCCUAUUUCGGCACUGUAUGUGCUUGGUCCGGAUUUAGCAGCAUGUGCAAGAGAUCUGUACCAUAGAUAUCACGAUUGCAAGGAUGCUGACUCCUAUCUAGCUGGUGAAACUUUAUACGACGUGAUUCUCCUACCUACUGACGGCUCCUUCAUUUUCGCCAUACUAGCUUGCGGGGAUUGUGCUGGAAGGUGACGUUGAAUCUAAAGAACGUGUUCUAGUGGGAACAAUGGAUGGUAAAGUGGGUUUGCUGAUUCUUCAAGGCAACAAGACACUGAGAAUCACUUGGCUUCUGAACAUGACAAGCUCAGAAAUCACGUCUUUGGAUACUUAUGAGCUGCAGGAUGGAUUAGAUAUACUUAUUGGUAGACAGGAUGGUACCGUUGAAGUAUACACUUUUCCCGAAGAAGACAUGUUACCAUCGCUGCGUUGUCGUUACAACGCCAGUGAAAGUAUUAGUUCGGUGGUUGGGGGGAUAAUUGGUGCAGUAGGAUAUCCUGAAGUACUGGUUACUACAUACUCAGGACGAAUAUUCGGCUUGACUACUAAACCUCCUGGUCUUUUAGAAGCUGACCAGAAUGACGGUUUGAUCAAGCUAAAAGUUGAAGUAGAACAGUUGCAGGAAAAGUUGAAGGAAGAGAAAGAAGCAGCUAGUUUCUCAGUUGAUCCCUUAGCACCAUUGAUUCUGUCUGUUAAUCACAGGAUGACUUUAAACAGAGAGGAUGUGUCAUAUUCUCUUUUCAUAGAACUCGAUACACCUAUCGAUAACAUUUUAAUACAAUCAAACACUCCGAUUGUGUUACUGGACGUGGAAAGUAAUAGCGCAGUAGUCAGUUUGUCCACUUGUAAUCCUAGAGAAGGCAAUUUCGUUCUUGCUACUUAUCGUUGUCAAGUACAACCAAAGUGUUGCCGCAAGUUAUCGAUACCUAUACCUGCUCUUUCUCUUCACGUACGACAGCAUGAAGUCGAAAAUCCUGAAACUCGCACUGAAGGGCCCUUCAAUGCACUGAGGUUAAUCGGGAGUUUCACGAUUGCAGAAAUGCACGCGUGGCUGUCCUUCGCAUUACCGGAUGUGCCAGAAAGACCACUUUUGGAAGAGGGGGAAGCUAUUUUGACAUACGUCUCAUCUUUCAUUGGAUCAGUCCUAAAGUGCAGAUACAAGAAAGGAAGUGCAGUUUUCUUGGGUGAGAACAUCUCUACUAUCAUAAUUCUCAGGGACAUACUGACCCGAGAGGCAACGAAAAGGAAGAUCAAAUUAGACGUCUUCUGUGAUGUUUCUGACGGUAGCAUAUCCAGAGUGUUGGAGUUAGUUUUCCCGCAGUUGAACGCUGUUGACGAUCUAAUUACAAAAGUGAAGAUCUUGAAUGCUCUUGAGGAAUGGGAGUUGAAGGAAAAUCCGAAAGAAAAUCUGUGCACGGAGUAUCAGGAACUGUUGCAAAAGGAGUCGGAGAUCAAGUCCCAGAUGGCGAAGGACAGUGAGCUAAUGGAGAGGCUGCAUGCAGUAAUUACAGAUCUCUACGUCGAUUGGGAAAGAGCUAAACGUUCUCGUAGAAUCGGUAGCAAAGACGCCGCGGAGAAGCUCGGCGCAGCUCUCAAGUCCAGAGAAUUGGCUCAAGUUUUACAAGUGUUUGUAGACGCUAGUAACACGGUGCCUGCACCAUCUUCGUGUAAAGACUGA